GAACUGACACGGAUACUGACACUGACACUGACAGUAAAAGUACGGAAGGAACGUUAGCUCAACACCAAACACGACCUGCCGGUAGGCACCCAGGGCUUGGACGAUCCGACAAAUUGUCAACGAAUCGGGCGCGCCAGGGCAUCUUCUUUUCAGAGGGGCAUGAGCUAAGAAGGCCCUUGACAUGCUGAGAGAGCCGCGCGCCGGCAAAGGGCCCACCGGAGGGCUGUCGAAGAUGCAAGAACUAGAACAAGGGAUUCAGGUGCUGAGUCAGAGGUGUGAGGAACUUUCCUUAGAGAAGGAGGAAUUGAUUGCAGAAAAUGAAAUAAAUUUGGCCAAAUGUAAGGAAGAUAGCGAAUCCCGCUUUGGAGAGCAACUUCGAAAUAAAAAUCAUCAGUGGAAACUCAGUCAAGAGCAAACAGAAAAGGAGCACAAGGAACUGCUCACUCAACUCCAAGCUGAGUUGGAAUCCCGUAAGUCAGAAUUGGACGACUCGAGUUUGAAGGAGCAGAUCCAAGGUCUGCUAGAAGACAGGCAGUCCUACGAAAAUGUCGUUCUUACCCUGCGAACACAAUUGCAGGAAAACUAUCUUGAGAAGGGCCAAUUGGAUGCCUUGGCGAGUGAAAAAAACAAAUGCCAGCUGCAAGAACUAGAGGAUUUGCGCAAAAUCGUUGCCCAUAGCAUCCAAGAGGUGGCUGAUCUGCGUUCAGACAAGGCAAUUCUUAAAGAGGAGAACGAAAUGCUGUAUGAGAAAAUUGAGCUUAUGGAGGACACCGAACAUGCUCUGAGACGUGUGCAGGCGCGCGCCAGAGCCCUUGAAGCAGAGUGUGGCCGCCUCAUUACUCGUGUAAUAAGAAAUACUCACUCAGUAGCAAUGAAAGGAGGAGAGGGAAAAAAUUAUUCAAAUUAAAUUAAGAAUAAAACGCUUUGAAUUGGAAAUUAUGAGGAACAAAAAUUCUUGCAAAAUGAAAAGAAAUUAGCUGGAGCAAAAUCGCAUAAGAUAUUAUACUUUCUGGUAAAAAAAACGCCUAGUUAAGCUCUUCUGGCUCAGCUCUUCUGGCCAUUAAAUUUGUGGCGACCUCUAUACCACUUUGUACUCGCCAGCUGAUACUGACAAGCCAGUAUAGUUGACGUCACGUGUGUUGUGAGAUAUUUAAUCACGCCUUUAAACAACAACCAAUUUUUUUGUAGUUUUUUCGACUUUGCCAAAGAAGUUUUAGGACUGAAAAUGAAAUAUUGCUAAUAAAGUUAAUUAUGUGAAAUAUUUAUCAAAAAUUAAUGAAAUAUAAUUUUUAAUGCAUUAUUAACACUGAUUUCGAGCAAAGCUUGGUGCCUUACCUCUGACUAUGAGGAACGCUCAUAUUAACUCAGGUUAUUUUAUUCGUUUUAUUCUCAUACUCUAAAAUAUAAACAGAUGUUCAAAAUUGAUCUUCUAAUAUACAUAUUGUAACUUUAUAAAGAUAAAAAUAUAAAUUUCGCUAAUACAA